AUGACAACACCAACACACAAAUAUCAUCCCAUAUCGACUGAAGAUGAUGAUGGACGACCAUCACCAUCUAUUAUAGAAUUAACAAGUGGAAAACCAUCUAUAGAUGAUUAUCGUUCAAUUUCUAAUUAUCAAUCCGCUUUUUCAUAUUCAAGACAAAUUAAUCUUCAUACUUUAACAGAAAAACGUCCCUUAGUUGGUAUUGAAAAAUUAGCUCAUUAUUUUGUGAUUCUUUUUUGUGCAAUUUUUACAAUUCUUCUAUUACCUUUGUCAUUGAUUUUUGCUCUUAAACGUGUUCGUCAAAAUGAACGAUUAGUUGUUUAUCGUUUGGGUCGUGUUCAAACUCCAGCUCGUCGAUCAGGUUUAACUGUCGUUCUGCCAUUUGUUGAUUAUAUUAAACGUAUACGAACAACACAAAAUAGCCUUGCGAUUUCUCCUACUCAAAUUCUUUGUCAAGAUAAUUCAAUAAUUGAAGUUAAUCUUUGUGUUGAAUAUAAUAUUGAUGAUCCAAUACUUGUAUCAAAUAGUCUUAAUGAUAUAACAAUAUCAUUAAAAUCUUUGGCACGUUCAACAUUAAUUUCAUUACUUAGCAAAACUGAUGGAAUGAAAAUUGAACAACACAUUUAUACAAUUGAACUUUCACUUAAAAAUGAACUAAAUUAUUUUGUUCGUAAAUGGGGUAUUGACAUAGCUAAAGUUAAUAUUGUACAAACAAAAAUUAUUUCAACAGCAGAAGAAAAUCAACAUAAUCAAGCAUCUUUACAUCCUGCACUUAAUGUAUUUACAAAAAUUUUUGCAGGUAUUAUGCAGCAGCAACAACAACAACAACCGCCUAAUGUGCCGACUACAGUUAAAUCAUCCAAUAAUUCUACUUCACCUGUACUUCAACUACUUGUCCAACGACUUAAACCUGUUUUAAACGAAGAACUUGUUCGACAAAUCAAAACAAUAUAUCAAUUUAAUAUAGCAACAUUAGGACAAUUUUAUCUUGAUCUUAAAAAUGAUCAUGGUUCUUGUGAUAUUGGUCCAUGUCCAUUACCAUCAAUUGACGUAACAAUAACAUUAUCAAAUCCCGAAGAUUUACGAUUAUUAUCAACUACUGAUUCCAAUGAACUUGUACAAGCUUAUUUAAAUCAACGUAUUACAAUUGAUGGAUCAUUACAAGAUGCAAUGAAUUUAAAAUAUGUAGCUGAUGCUCUUCGUCGAGAUAAUAUUCUUCUAUUUAGUCCAACUAUUUAA